UUCUGAAGGGCAUCGUUUAAAAAAGGGCAUUUAAGAUUUUUUUUCCCUUAUUCUGGAUGCAUGUGCUCAUUAUUUCUUUUAUUGGCAUUUUCUGAGCAAGAAGGAUGGAUGAGGAAUUCCAAUGAAUAUUGCAUGAGCUGGUGCAUUCAGCUGAAUGAAUCCAGUGACAGUUUGUAGCUUGCAGACAAACCUCAUUCACAACAGACUACCCUGGUACGGAAAGGACUUUGGUGCAGUAUCAGAGAAGCCGUCAAGCUCAUGAAGCCCUCCCACCCAGCUGUGGUUAGUAAGUAUGUCAUGAUGGUACGUUAAGCAGGUUUACAAUCUGCAUUUAGUUGCCUCAUCAACAAGCACACUCUUCAUCCUGCAGAAUUACCUUCAGGUGAUAUGUUUUUUGUACCAGGCUUCUGAAGCAUUGCCUAAGAUAUGACAGCAAAAGAAUCUUCCAAUGAACUUGCUACACCAGAUUCAGAUAUAUACAUAAAGACUUUUAAAGAACAUAUGCACUUGGAGCUGGAACUUCCCAGACUUUCUGGGAAAAGGACCACAACAUCACCAAAAAUCUCUCCGAGAAGCUCUCCAAGGAAUUCCCCAUGCUUUUUCAGAAAGUUGCUUGUUAAUAAAAGCAUCCGUCAACGCCGGCGUUUUACAGUUGCACAUACAUGCUUUGAUGUUGAAAAUGGUCCCACCCCAGGACGUAGCCCUCUGGAUCACCAGGCUAGCCCUGGCUCUGGACUGGUGCUGCACACCAACUUUACAAGUCACAACCAGCGCAGAGAAUCCUUUCUGUAUAGAUCGGACAGUGACUAUGAUUUAUCACCAAAGACUAUGUCCAGGAAUUCCUCUGCUGCCAGCGAGCAGCAUGGAGAUGACUUGAUAGUUACACCUUUUGCUCAGGUGCUGGCGAGUUUGCGCAGUGUGAGAAAUAAUUUUACAGUGUUGACCAAUGUACAUGGAGUACCAAACAAGAGGUCACCAAUGACUAGUCAGCCUCAGAUCUCCAUAGUUAAUCAUCAAGAGGACUCUUAUCAAAAAAUUGCAAUGGACACUUUAGAAGAACUUGACUGGUGCUUGGAUCAACUUGAGACUAUCCAGACCUACAGAUCGGUCAGUGAGAUGGCAUCUAACAAGUUCAAGAGGAUGUUGAACCGGGAGCUGACCCACCUAUCAGAAAUGAGCCGGUCAGGGAACCAAGUGUCUGAGUACAUCUCAAGCACAUUUCUAGACAAACAAAACGAUGUGGAGAUCCCGUCCCCAACGCAGAAAGACAGAGAAAAGAAGAAAAAACAGCAGCUCAUGACGCAGAUUAGUGGAGUGAAAAAGUUAAAGCACAGUUCCAGCCUGAACAAUACUAGCAUGUCACGGUUCGGGGUUAAAACUGACUAUGAAGACAUGCUCUCCAAGGAGCUAGAAGACCUUAAUAAAUGGGGACUGAAUAUCUUCAAGGUUGCAUCCUACUCAUGCAACAGGCCCUUAACUUGUAUCAUGUAUGCCAUAUUUCAGGAAAGAGAUUUAUUGAAGACGUUUAAAAUACCGGUGGAUACCCUGAUAACCUACACAAUGACCCUGGAAGACCAUUAUCAUUCAGAUGUGGCAUAUCACAACAGUCUGCAUGCUGCUGAUGUCACUCAGUCUACUCAUGUUCUUCUCUCUACACCAGCACUGGAUGCUGUCUUUACUGAUUUGGAAAUCCUUGCUGCAAUAUUUGCAGCUGCAAUUCAUGACGUGGAUCAUCCUGGUGUCUCCAACCAGUUCCUUAUCAACACAAAUUCUGAGCUUGCGCUGAUGUACAACGAUGAGUCUGUAUUAGAAAACCAUCAUCUUGCAGUGGGGUUUAAAUUAUUACAAGAAGAGCAUUGUGAUAUCUUUCAAAAUCUUACAAAGAAGCAAAGGCUGUCUCUCAGGAAAAUGGUGAUUGACCUGGUACUUGCUACUGAUAUGUCUAAACACAUGAGUCUGUUGGCUGACCUAAAGACUAUGGUGGAAACUAAGAAAGUGACAAGCUCUGGCGUUCUCCUCCUGGAUAAUUACACUGACAGAAUACAGGUUCUCAGGAAUAUGGUACAUUGCGCAGACCUAAGCAAUCCAACAAAGUCGCUGGAAUUGUACAGACAAUGGACAGACCGAAUUAUGGAGGAGUUCUUUCAACAAGGAGAUAGAGAGAGAGAAAGAGGGAUGGAAAUAAGCCCGAUGUGUGACAAACAUACUGCUUCCGUGGAAAAGUCACAGGUUGGAUUCAUUGACUACAUUGUUCAUCCUUUAUGGGAGACAUGGGGAGAUUUAGUUCAGCCAGAUGCUCAAGAUAUUCUGGAUACAUUGGAGGACAAUAGGAACUGGUACCAAAGUAUGAUACCUCAGAGUCCUUCUCCUCUUUUGGAUGAACAUGAUAAAGACUGCCAAGGACUUUCAGAAAAGUUCCAUUUUGAGCUCACCCUUGAGGAAGAAGAUUCAGACGGGCAUGACAAAGAUGGAGAUUGUCUCAGUUUUUAUAGCAGUACAAAGACACUUCAUAUAGUUGAUCAGGGGAUGGAGGAUUCACCAGAUGCUGACACCGAGUUACUAACAGAUGAUACAUCACCAUUAGAUACCUAGAGCAUGGCUGAAAGAGAACUUAUGACAAGGAAUUCACCAUGCAAGCUGUCCGUUAUGACACGCCUGUUAUCUGGAUCUUAGGCCUCUGGGUGGUUUUGGCCAAUAGAUCUUUCCUGCUACUUCCUUGAUGCCGGAGUCAUGGUUUGAGAUGUUGAAGUGUAUGAUUGCUCAGGAAACCAAAAGAUGGUGUGAAUAUCUAACUUUGUUUCGGGGAGAAAAAAACUGCAACACAUUGUUGUGUUCCUGGAACUGCUUGAAUUGUCAGUGAACAGUUUGUAGGAAAUAGUGACACAAAACUGAGAGAUUUUAUACAGUAAGAAUUUUGAAACUAAACAAAAGCUAGAAACUAGAAACUAUACUUAGUAGGUAUAUGUUGAAAUCCUGUCCACCUGUUUGAGGACGUGUGUGCCUUUUUUGUAUAAUUCCAUGUCUUUUCAAAUGCCUAUUAAUUACACAAUAUUUUGUGUAAAUGGAACAAAGAAUUAUUACUGAUAAUUUGAUUCUUUCUGAAAAGAACAGUCUUCCUUUUACUUGGGCAAUAUAUGUAACUUUUAUUGAGUAAUUCAGAACAAGAAUCAAAAAGGAGACAAUAUAUUUGCGUCUCCUCAUACUUAUAAUAUUGUCGUGGUUCAUUCGUAUCAGGUCACGCCAUGCAAAAGAUAACAUGUCGCCAUUUAUUUGGUUUUCCCACAAUAUGUUUCUUUUCUGCACAAUGUACAACAAUACUGAAUAUACACUACAUUUGAAAUUAGGAAGGCAGUAUGUGAUGUGAUGUGUGUACCAACCGCAUGUUCCAGAUUUUUCUUCCUUCGUUUUUCUGUUUUCAUACACUUUACCCUUCGAUCACCACCAGUUUUCUUGCACUGCCUUGAGCCCUUACACGUGCUUUACUGUUUAUAACAGUGUAUUUAUUAUCUGAUGUAAAUAAUGUAAUGUUUUGUAAGUUAUUAAUUUAUAUUAACAGACAUUGCCUGUCUUUGGUGGUGUUAAUUGUGUAGAAAACUCUAGGUAAGAGUUAAAAAUUUCUUGUAACUUUUUUAUUGGACAAGCAGAAAUGCCUGAACAGUGGCUCAGAUAAAAGGCAUAAUCAACCCACGGAGUACAAAUGGAAGAAUCAUUUAAGGAGGACUUGAUUCUAUAAUUUGGGUAAUAGUGCUAAAGAGGGGUUUACAGCUGUGGUCCUCCAAUUGCUGUUGAACUAUGGUAUAAGUUGUAGUUUACCAGGAGUUUCGGGACCACAGUAUAGACAUUCCUAAAAGAAAAUGAGAAUCAGCCCCUUGGAGAGUCUUUCAUGUCUCAGACUUCCAGCUAGCCUCAAAUCAGGUGCAAUUUUCUUAUUUAAUACCAAGAUGUGAUGUUAUUUUUUUUAAUGUGCACCUUUUUAUAAUAAUAAAAAAUUGUGCUCUUUAUGAAAGUUUUUUUGUCUCAGCUUGUAGAAAAUUCCAAAGCUUUGGUCCAGUAUGUGACUAAACCAUUUGUUAAGGUAGCACUUUUGUGCAUGACCAAUGGGUUUGUAUGUCUUGUCAGACACUGCAGUGUUUCAGGUGUUUCUUUUAUUUGGAGACGUUUCCCACAAUGUUCUGGUAUUGUAUAUUGUGCUAAUAUGCAUUAUUUUUUAUAAUGAGUGAAUAAACAAGCCAAGCAUGAGAAUUUAA